GCAGCCUCUGCCAACUCCCUCAUUUAUUAAUCCCUUUCCCUAACUUUAUAUUUCUGUAGAUUAAUAACUCUCUCUCUCUCUCUCUAUAUAUAUAUAUAUAUAUCUUAUCGAUCAUGCACACUACUAUAGAGUAUAGACUAGAUCUAGAGAGAGAGAGUAGAGAGUGGAGAAGGAGAAAGAGAGGUACGUAGAAUGGAUGAUGACACGAUCACGCAUCGGACGAUGGAGGUGAACGGGAUCAAGAUGCACGUGGCGGAGAAGGGGGAGGGUGCGGUGGUGCUGCUGCUGCACGGAUUCCCUGAGCUUUGGUACUCGUGGCGGCACCAGAUCGUCUCCCUCGCCGCCCGCGGCUUCCGCGCCGUCGCCCCCGACCUCCGUGGCUUCGGCGGCACCGACGCUCCGCUCUCCGCCGCCUCCUACACCAUGCUCCACGUCGUCGGCGAUAUCGUCGCACUCAUCCACGCCCUCGGUCAAGAUAAGGUGUUUGUGGUGGGUCACGACUGGGGGGCGAUGGUGGCGUGGAGCCUGUGCAUGUUUCGGCCGGACAAGGUGACGGCGCUGGUGAACCUCAGCGUGGCUUUCCAGCCGCGGAGUCCGCACCUGAAGCCGCUAGAGGUGUUAAGGGCCAUCUACGGCGACGACUACUACAUAUGCGCAUUUCAGGAUCCGGAACGAUCCGAAGCCGAAUUCGCUCGCAUUAACACCGGGUUGCUGCUGAAGAAAUUCUUCACAUACCGCGAUCCACUCCCGGUUAUUGUGCCAAGAGGAAACGGAUUUGGAUCGCUCCCUGAUAAGGAAAUUGUGCUUCCACCUUGGCUCUCGGAAGAGGACAUCAACUACUACGCGAGCAAAUUCGAGAAAUCCGGCUUCACCGGAGGAUUGAACUACUACCGCGCUCUGGACUCGACCUGGGAGCUCACGGCGCCGUGGACGGGAGUGGAGAUCAGAGUACCAGCCAAGUUUAUUGUGGGGGAUCAGGAUUUAACGUACCAUAUCCCAGGUGCUAAGGAGUACAUACACGAGGGUGGGUUCAAGAGAGAUGUCCCCCUCUUACAAGAGGUUGUUAUCAUGGUAGGAGUGGGCCAUUUCAUCAACCAGGAGAAGCCACAGGAGAUUGCUGAUCACAUCUACGAGUUCAUCAAAAAGUUUUGAUUGUGUAAUGUACCUAGCUAAUUUUAUUAGGUGUAGUAGUAAGUGGUUUUAGGAAUAAAUUUAAGCAGCUGGCGAAACUAUUAAAUUAUUUGAAACAAUAGUUCGCUAGUAGUUUAUGUUAUUGGAGUGCAACUACUGUUUCAUAUAAUUUAUCAGAAACUAACUAUUUUUAUGA